UUCCAGGGAAACGUAGUUCGGCCCCCUUCAUCGCCGGUUGUCUCCGGGAGAGACGAACUCAGUUUCCCAAGUGGCCCUGCGGCUGCAAGUCCGAACUCAGACUUCCCGGGUCUGUAAGGAGGGUUUGAACCGGUGGCGGCUGUAGUCGCUGGCACAGGUUCGGCGUGAUGACGCUUGUGUCUUGGAUCUGUAGAGGUCUCGACCAAGAUUCCGCGCUCUCAACUCCCACCUGAUAGCUGCGUAUCAGAGUAUCUCGCUUUUCCCCCUACUUUCCCCAAGCGUUUUUCCCCUGACUAGUCCCAGUUUUGGCUUGAUACUGCAUCCCUACCUUUAGUAUUACAUCCUCGAUCCCCACUCGCUGUCUGACGUGUGACUUUACUGGGCUGUGCUUCGGGUAUUCUGGGGUAGGAGAGCAAGGACACAAGACGGCAGGAGGCGGCCUCGCAGAAGGUUAUGAGUAGGAGCCUGAGCUGGUCUGAGCACCUCGACGCACUUCUCAAUGCUACGGAUGGAAAUGUGGCCAGGAUUAAGCAGCGGCUGUAUCCUCUUGGAGUCUCCACAGCAGGAGACCUGGCUGGGACCUGGAUUUCCCCUCAUCACUUGCCUCCACAGUCUGGAGUCCAAGCUCAACAGCCUUGGGCUCGAGAGACUCCCUUUGUUCCAGAGAGGCUGAAUUGGGCUGAGGCCCAUAGCACAACUUCUCUCCGGGAUGAAGUUACUCUUCUCCGAUCCCAGCUUCAAUCCCAGGCUCAGGUGACUGAGGCACUAAGGCAGGCUGUGCAGGGGCUGCUGGAAGAGCGAGAGCAGCAGAAGUACCAGAUCUGUGCCCUGGAAGCAUCGCUGAGGUUGCUUCAGGGGGGCCCAGAGCGGAGGGCCCUCCUCUUGGAGCAACGCCUGGAGGGGCUGAGAAGGGAACUGCAGGGCCUUCGAAGCCUGGUGCAGGAACAGGCCCAAGCCCAAAUACAAACAGGACCACGAAAGUGCAGUGCUUCUAGUGGCCUUCACCAAGAGCUGCAGAAUGAGCGGCAACUCCUGUGGGAGGAGUCAGAAAUUCUUCGGGAGGAGCUGAAGCUGCUGCGGGACCAGCUGAGCCAGCACCAGGAGCUGCUGCUGAAACAGAUGGCUGAAGGACACAGCUGGAAGAUGUUGGAGCAGCUGCAAAGUGGCCAGGAGGGCAAGGGUUACACCCUGGAGGCUGCCAGGACAGAGGCACAGGAUGCCCGGCGUGAGCACAACGUCCACAGGACCUCUCACAUCUUACAAUCUAAGCUCCCUGUGGCUGCCACCUUUGCCACGUCUCUUUCUUCAUCUAGCUCUGAAGUCAGUCUUCUGGACAGUAACAGCGGCCGGCUGGAAACUUUAAGGAAGCUAGGUGGGGAUCUCCAGAGGAGCACACUUUCUAAACUGGAGCCCAGCAGCUUACAGCUCUAGGCCCAGAGCCUUGAGCAGGAGAACCUCUUAUUUAAGGGCCUCACAAUGUUCCUGAGUGACCUGUAAGGACUUGUAAGAGUAGUUUUCCUCACCUUUCCCUCCAAGGCCCUGUUUCUGGGUCCCCUGCCCCUCCUCUCUUGAUCUAGCUGGUAUCUGCCCUCGUUAUUGAGGCUUGUCACUGCCUGCCCAUCCCUGUCCACCAACUGCAAUAAAAUGUUUAACCCUC